AUAAUCUCUGGGAUCUUCAACGAAAUCUUUUAAAAAAUGGAUGGUCACUAUUAAAGCCUGGUGGAAUUCUUGUAUAUAGUACAUGUAGUCUUUCAUAUAAACAAAAUGAAGAUGUUAUUGGAUGGUUUCUUUCACAUUUUGCUAAUUCCAAAUUAGAACCUAUCCCAAAUAUAAAUAACUUGACGGUAGCACCAUUGAAAAAGAGUAAAUACGUAGAGGUUGACAUAUCGAAUGCUGUUAGAUUUGAUCCGAUUUAUUCUAACACAUCUGGUUUCUUUGUAGCUAGAAUUAGGAAAAAUGUGUUGAAUGAUAUUUAA